CCGCUACAUUCGCUUCCCGUCGUCGCCCCUCCUCAAUUGCUAUCCCCCCACCUCCAAUCUCUCUUCUCUCAGCCCUCGAGGUCCCGCAAUAUAAUCCUUGUAAUGGCGCAGGAUGAGGCCACUGCUGCUGCGGCCGAGGAGCCCGUGGCCGAUUCCGCCCCCUCCGACCCUCCGAUGGAGGAUGACGCGGACGCCGCCGCGGAAGGUGCCAAGCAGGCCAAGAAGAGGAAGGCCAAGGCCCCCAGGGAGACCAAGGCCAAGAAGAAGCCCGCUGCCCCUCGAAAACCACCCGCCCACCCGCCCUACGCUGAUAUGAUCACGGAGGCGAUCGUGACGCUGAAGGAGCGCACUGGGUCGAGCCAGUACGCGAUCCAGAAGUUCAUCGAGGACGAGCACAAGGGUCGCCUCCCCGGAAACUUUCGGAAGAUUCUCCUCGGCCACCUGAAGAGGCUCACCGACUCCGGGAAGCUCAAGAAAUUGAAGAACUCUUACAAGCUUGCGGCCGCGGCCCCGGCGUCGUCGUCAUCCUCCUCCACCGCUGCCCCGGCCAAGCUAAAGCCGAAGGCCAAGCCAAAGCCACCCGCCAAGAAACCGCCCACCUCUGCCAAAACGAAGCCCAAGGCAAAGCCCGCAGCUGCCGCAAAGCCGAAGCCCAAACCGAAGCCGAAGGCCAAGGCUGCCGCUCCCGCCAAGCCGAAGGCUAAACCCGCCGCAGCGGCGGCGAAGACCAGGGCGAAACGAAAAGCUCCGGCGCCCGCGAAGCCGAAGCCGGCGGCUGUGAAGCCCAAGGCCGCUGCAACCAGGCCGAAGCCCAAGGCGCCCACGCGGCCAGCUAAGGUAGCGAAGACCUCCGCCAAGGGUUCGCCCGUUAAAAAGGCGUCAGCGGCUGCGGCGAAGAAGAAGGCGGCGGCGGCGGCAGCGUUAAAGACGAGGAGGGCGGCGGCACCGACGACGAGGAAGGCGGCGGCGAAGAGGGCGACGAGGAAGUAACAGUUCUAUUUGUUUUACUUUUUUUUUAAUUUCUCAACUUCCUGUGGACCGGUGGUUUAGUUGUAAGAUUAGGGAUUUGUUUACGGGUGUUUGGGGGAUUGCGUGUAUUUUGUGGUUUUUAGCGCCGAGAAAAGAGGGAAAUAUCAUCAGAUAUCCUUAGCGAGUGGGAGGAAAGAGCUCACGUCCUCUUUCGGCUGCUGGUGUAUGUUAAUGGAUAACGUGUAGUUGGUCGUAGGUGAUUGCAGUCUCGAGGGUUUUGACA